AUGGACAUAUAAAUAAAAAAGCUAACAACCGUGAUUAAUUAGUUAAACAAUAAAUUGGAGCAGUUACAACAAAUAUAAAAUUUUGAUUACAAGCAAAUUUCAGAUGUAAUGAAAGUAUUUUUAAAAUAUUGUAGCUUUUAUUAGAAGUUAAUUAGGUGAAUGGGGAAAUAUCACUUCUAAUAUAAUCUGUGAUAAAUAUAGAUGUGAGUUAAUUAAUGGAUAAGAUUUUUAAUUGUCUUAAAAAUCUGUUGAUUCAUGUACUGAAGAAUAGAGAGUAGUUGAAUUAAAAAAAAAUUCAUUAAAAGUCUUAAUCAAUUUAAUUAAUUGAUGUAUGUGUAUAGAACUUAGGAACAUAGUAAAGUUUAUUAGGAGGAGUUGCUAUUUAAAAAUAAGGAAAUUAAGCAUUAAAAGUGAGAAAUAUUACAUAAGUACCUUGGUAUGAUACAUCUUAAGUGAUUCAUGUUCCUAAGAAAUUUAUUGAUAAAUACACAUGUACAACUGAAGAUUAUUAUAUAAACUGUUCUAAAGCAUUAUCUGAUUAAACAAUUAGAUAAUAGGAGUUUGAGAGUAUACUUUAAUUUGCAAAUGAAUCAAUAGCAAUGAUGGGAGAAGCAUUAUAAAACAAAAUAUCAUAUGAAUACAAGGAAAAAGGGAAACCUGAAGUAUUAGAGAAGUUGAUGCAUGCUAUAAAAUUUAAAAAAGAAGAUUUAGAUAAAAUUAUGAAAAGUGUUGACUUAGAUUUAUUGAAGGAUAAAGUUGAAAAUUAUGAAUAUAUUGAAUAGGAAAUAAAAAAUCAUAUAAUAUAAGUUUAGAAGGAAACAGCGGAGAAAGUGUUUAUAUUUUGUAAAUAAUUAUUCAAGGAAUAACUUAAGAAAGGUAAGUAUUAAGUUUAGAAUGAGUUAAAUAAAUAGACUAACUUUUAAAAAGGUGAUGAAUGUAGAUGUUCAAUAUAUGUUGGUGAAAUUGUAUUUCUUUAAAAUAAGAUAGAAUCUUAAUCUUAAUUGGCAAAUAAGUAAUUAUUAGAAAUGAAAGAGAAGGAUCGUAUAAUAUAAGAUAUGGAAUUAUAGAUGAAACUUUUUGAAGGUUAAUUGAAAUAGCAUAUAUAAGAGAAAUAAGAUUUAAAGUAAAAGUUAGACUAAUAGCUAAAUAUAUAAAGAAGGGGUUCAGUAAUAUAAAGACAAUAAAGUUUUGCUAAGAAUAUAUAGUAAAUUGAGGAGCAGAAUUAGGAUUAAUAAUCUUAAAGUCCAUAUAGAAAGAUGUCAAGAGAAGAUAAGAUAUCAUAGAAUAGACUAACAAAAUCUUAGAUAUUAUUACCAUUAUAAUAAUUAAAUGAGAAUUUAGAUAAUGCUUAAAUAAGUAAUCUUAUCCAUAAAGAUAAAAUGAUAGAGAGAUUAAUUAUUUUAAUCAAUGCUUUGGAUAGAUUAAAUAAAGAAAAAAGAUUAGCAUAAUUAUAAUAUGUAGUAGAAUCAAAAGGAGAUAGAUAAUUGAUGGAUAUGAUUGAUUUGAUAAAAGAUAUUGAGGAUAAUGAUCUAUAAUAUAAAGAUACAAAAUCAUUCUGUCAUAGUUAAUAAGAUUUUGAUGAUUCUCAUUCUCCUAUUAAUAUGCCUAAACAUUAUUAUUCAUAACAUAAUAUAGAUUAAGGGGGUGAUUCACCAUCUAUAAGAUAAAAGUUCUAAUCAACUAGAGAUUUAAAUUCUCCAAGAAUUUAAAGAUUAGAAUAAAUUUAAGAAAUAGAUGAAAAUAAACAUAUUCUCCUUAUUCCAAUUGAAUAAAAUGUAUCAAAAAGAAAAUAAUCAAGAAACACUAGUUAAUCUAGUUUUAAUGAUAGUAAUUAAUAGUUAGAUGAUGUAUCUCCAAACAUUAGAUAAAAAUAACGACUUACUAGAACUUAAUCUAAUAAUUAAAAAAUAUUUGAAAAUAAAACAGAAAAAGUUAAAAGAACAAGUAGUUCUAUCAAAUUAAAGAUUAAUAGAAAAAUAUCAAAUUAAAAUAAUUCUAAUAAUGAUAUUCUCUCGAAUCCUUAUGGAACUUCUACUAUUUAACCAUUAAAUUCAGGUAGUCUUACUGAAAGAUUACCUUUAAAAAAUGGUAUUUUGACAGAUGAUUAAUUCAAAUUUGAUAAAAAUAUUGAAAAUGAUGAUACUUAAAUGAAAUCUUCAUUAAAUAAUAAUAGUCUACAUGAUAAAACUCACAAUAAUGCAUUAUAAUCAGGACUAACAACUUAACAUCAUACUCCUAAUAAUUCAUCUCGAUUAACCAAACUGAAAUCAACUAAUUAAAAUAGUGAUAAUGUUUCAUAAAAAUAUAUCUCAAAUUCUAAGAAUGUAAAUGAAAUAACAAAUGUUUAAAAUACAAUACAAAAUCUACAAUUAACAAAAUUUCAAGAUCUAUAAAAUUAAGUUUAAGAUACAUUCUAAAUUUAAGAAGAAAAUGAUAAAUUAAUUAAAAAAUAAUCUUUAGCUACUCAUAAUAAUAAUUAAAUAUAGCAAUCCAUUACAUAAAAAGAAUCCUCUUCCAUCAAUAUAAAUAAUGAAAUUAAAAAAUCUUAAAGAUCCAAUUAAAAUCCUGUUAUUCCUAAUUAUGAUGAUAAUAAUGGUGAAAAUUCUAAUAGAUCAAUUAGAAAAAUGAGUCGAUAAAAUAUGUCUCCUAAUUCUUAUUAAAAAACUGUUGGAAAUGAAUCUGUUAAUUAAUAAUCAUAUAAAUAAUCUCUUUUAGAUCGUUUAUAAUCUUAGAAUGAUUUAAAACCAUAAUUUACAAAUCAUAAUACAUAAACGUCUAUUGAAAAUUUAGAAUCUAAGAAGUAAGAUGUAUUUAUUAAAGAUUACAUUAAAAAAUAAAAAGAAGAAUUUGAAAAAAAAUAAAAAGAAGAAAGAGUUAUGUUUGAUUAAAAUUUAUUUGAUAUUGCUGAAUAAUAAGAAGAAUAAAUCAUCAAAUAUGCACUUAAUAAUACACAAGGAUACAUGAUAUCUCAUGAAAUAGAUGAUUAAAUCAUCAAAUAAAUGUAUUAAAAUUUAAAGGAUAAUGGAACUCAAAUUAGUUAAACUAUUAAUAAAUUUUAUCAAAAAUAAGAAAAUUAAAAUAUUGAUUUUCAAGAUUUUAAAAAUUUUGUCUCUAAAUUCCAAAAUCUACAUAAAAGAUGUGGAAAAGAUUGUAUUCAUGUAACAAGGUAUGUAUUUAUUUAACUUUUAAUAAGAUUUUACAUGAGAUUAGGAUUUAUACCAAUUAAAUAUUUAAAUAAAAGAAAAGCAAUGAGAUUAGCCAAACCAGUAGUAUUACCAGGAUUUCCUAAAGUAAGUUGA